UCACAGCACCUUCAAUGUCACGUUUGUCCUGCGAAAAGUAGCUCAAACAGACAGCGAAUUUGUUUUUUAAUGCAUCAAACAUGUAUAAAUUAAAUUGUUUAUUAGUUAGCUCUGUGAGUAACGUAUGUCGACAGCUGGCUAACUCCCUAAAUGCAAAUGGGAGCUCUCUGUGUGGAGGCCCCGGCCUGCAGCGGACAUUGUGUACCGGUGCUGUCAGACUUCAGGAGACCAAAACAUCCAGCUCAAAGUCUGAUGAAACCUCCAGAAACUUCAGCCUCAUCCCCCCUCUGCCUGGCGAGGACAGUCCACUGAGAUGGAGUGGGAAGAAGUUUGAGGAGUUGCCCAUCGCUCACAUUAAAGCCACAUACAACAACACACACAUCCAGCUGACAGAGAGCACAGGACAGUCGCUGGUCAGGACGUCCUGCGGAACCGAAGGCUUCAGGAAUAUCAAGAGGUCGACUCCCGUCGCUGCUCAGACUGCAGGCAUCUCUGCUGCUACGAAAGCUAAAGUGAAGGGAGUGACGUUUGUCCGUGUUGUGGUCAAAGGUAUUGGGCCCGGACGUCUGCCCGCAAUCAAAGGCUUGACAAUGGGAGGCCUGGAGGUGGUAUCGAUCACCGACAACACCCCCGUGCCGCACAAUGGAUGCCGCCCACGCAAAGCCAGAAGGACUUGAUCUCCCCGAACCAGAAUGCACUGCAACAAGGAGGAAGUGCUUGUGUUGUGAUAUGAUAAUAAAGUGUUUUGUUGUAUAACUUUUCCAGCUCUGAGCUGACCUUACAUAAUUCAUUAGUGGAAAUAAUUGCAGAUGGUGUUAUGAAUGAGCAGAGCGCAGGUGUCCUCUGCUGCGACUGUCAGCACAUGAAUAAAGCUUCAGUCUCGCUGCAGACACUCUGAUGUUGAUUAAGAGACUGAUGUUUGCAGAAACAGACCGAUGGCCCUGUGUGGGAGAAGAGACAGUACAAGGUUUCACCGCGUCAAUGCAGUACACUCUGUCUGUGUUGGUCGCCAUGGGGACUGAACCCUUGACCCGGGCCAUGUUAACGCAGCACUACACCGCCGAGCUCACAGGACCACACAAAGCAGCUUUAACACGAGGCAAAUUCAACAAAAUUCUCUUUAUAUUUUACUUGGAGUAUAUCAGACAGCCAAACAUCAGUUUAACGUGAUAUAAAUACAUCAUUGUAAAGCUCAGAUGAAAACACAUUUACAGGUAAGUCCAGUACAAGAGGUGAUAAUAUGGAGACAUUAAAUGAGAGACAAACAUUCACAAAAUCAUUAAUUAGCUAUGUGGAGUGCCACUGUGUUUUAGCGCUGGAAAAAAGACAACACAAAACAAUUAGUUAUCAUUACAACAGACUUUUCUUCUUCUCCAGACCUCCAAAGACUUAACAGGUACAGCUGUUGAGUGUUUUUUUAACAUUUGAAAUACAAGAAAACUCAAAUUCUUAAAUACCACAGAAAGUCUGUGAGCACAUACAGAAACAAAACAGAAAACAAAAAAACAGCAGGCUGCUCUUGUUUAGUGCAAAUACUUUGGGCCAUUUCCCUUCAGUCGCACUCUCAAAAAUGUAGUUGGACAGUUAAAAAAAAGACUGACUCAACUGAUGUAGAGAAAUGUUGGUACCACAGCACCGCAGAAACAGCACUGAGACUGAAUAAAAGCAGACUGUACUCUGAUGCAAACACUCAGAAUGAUUCACUGCACUCUGAUGUGUAAAAUGCCUCAUUUAAUAUGUACAAUCAUAACACACAGAAAGAGAAAUUAGCCCUUUGAAAGUGACGUCAAGACUCCCUGUUGCAGCUGGUUUCUUUUUCCUAGAUUCAUUCUAACUUCAUACGUUAUAAACCAGAAACUCCUUAAAUUAUAAAUCAGUUGAACUUCCGUGGAAACGCCUGAGAUGUUAGCACAAUAACAAAAAGGCAAGUCAAAAUAACACAAGAAUGACAGAUUGGCUUUCCAAAUUCCUGCUGUGUCAACAAAGCAUCAGGUCUUCAGCAAUAUCCAAACUUAAAGAGGCAACAAUUUUUUCUCCCAUUUCAGAGGUGCCGGUGCAGCUGAUAAAACCUUGUUCUUGAUAUAUUUUUACAGAAAAUAAAAACUUGAAUUUCAAAUGACCAAAUCAUUAAAGCACCAAUCUGUAAAUUUCCAACCACAUAAAUAAGUCUUUUGUUACUCAACUGAUCAGAGUUUAACAAUAGUUUAACACAUUAAUGACAGAUUUAGUGGUGCAGCGUUUAAUUGUCUAUUAAAUCUGUCAAUCAAUGGAGUUAUUACAGUGGGUUCCCUUUCCUCUCUGUAUGUGCUACAAUCCUUAAGCACACUGCCAUCAGCCAUUGUAAACCAAUACACUUCUUGUCAAAUAGCCAAUCUCUCCUCAUGGUUUGCUGGCUGUUUGUUCUUUGGACUCUAAAAAAUCCCCUGGUCAUACACAGCCCUGGCUCUAUAAAUGACAGUGUCUCACACCAAGCUACACAAGCCAACAACAGCUACUCUCCCUCCCGCCGUGACAGUAAUAAAGGAUUUUUCUGAGGGAGCACUGACGAGAGGGGUCUAUUUGUUAGGGUGUUGACUUUAAAUAUAGUUAAAUCUUUCUCAAGAAUCAAUUACUCCACCUUCACUCUGCUGGAAAUGACAUUGAGUAAAAUAUUCCACAUCCAGUUUUGAAUAUGACCAUAUCAGGAAGGAGUUUAUUGGAGCUCAGAGGCACCUGCACUGCACAAAUGGAUGGUUUUCACUCAACCGUUCAGCCAGUCAGACUUUCACAUUCCCAGCAGGGGAACACACAGUUUGGUGCCUUUUGACAUCAAUAAACACACAGUACUCACACACUGAUCUAACACUCAUGUGUCAACUACCCUGUAUGAUGUGUGAUCUGGCUGGAUGAAUUCAACUUUCAGCUGCCACUCUCAGCAAGAGAAGAGAAUCCCUACGAGCUCCAGACCUGCUGAUCUGAAGUCCUCCCUGACUUUUGACCUCUAAAUGGGGCAGGAGGAAAAAGGACCGAAUAACUUUAAGGUGUAUACAAACGCUCAUGUAGGAAAACGCUAAGCUGUUGCUGACAGACAUUUCCUUGCACAGAAUAUUUCUGGAAAGCAUUUGAAAUGAUGCAAAAUCCAAAGGACAACUGCAUAAAUGAAACAACUGAUGUACCAAUGAUUCAUGCAGCUGAUAUGACUUAAAGCUGACUGACUGGAAAAAAAGCGUGCGGUACUGAAAAUAGAUUUUAUACACACUAGCUAUACAAAAAUACAUUGCUUUAUUUUAAAUCGCAAUGAAGUACUUCCUUUACACAAACGUCAGAACUCUGGAUCAGGCAAAAAAAAAAAAAAAACAUACAGCACCAGCUUUCCGAUACUGCCUUCCCUCAUCUGUGCGUCACCAAACAUCAGCCACACAUUCAACAACACAUACAUGAAACAAAAGUCAAAAGAGCAAUGGUGCUUCAAAACAACCUCAAAACAUAAAUAACAGGGCGGAUUAUAUUAUUAUACCGUAAAUACAUGACCACAAGCUCAACACACGGCAGAAUAACUUGAUGAUAAUGACAAAAUAAAGUGGGAGAAAGUCAUUUUGCUUUACUUUUUAGGAGAGCCUGGGAAGCCUUUACAACAGGACUGGAAGUGGAGACAGUGGACAUUUUUAGUAGUGGACAGUAUAAAUUAUCUGAAUUAGGCCACAUCACGUCACUCAUAUUCUUUACAGCAGCAAAUGUACAGUUUGCAAAAUAACAAUUAAGUCAAGAACUGCAUUGACUGUGUAGGCAUUUGCACAUCAGCAUCCAAUGACAUUUCUCUCAGACUCUUCCAGACUGUGCAGCGUCGAAAUGUUAGUGACCUGAACACAGCCUGGGGAGAUUGUCGGUCUAAAUCCCUUCAGGAUGGGUGAAAGUGACCAAAGUGAAAGAGUCCUCAACACACAUUGUUGAUGUUGCCUUGAGAAAGGCACUUAAC